GCCUGCAGCCCUGUGCCCGAGGCCCGCGCCGCGCCGGUAGAGAAUGGCCCCCCGGGUGGCCUCCGCCGUGCUUUCUGGGCUGCUGCUGUGGCUGGCGUUUGGAGAUGCGCCGGCCCUGGCCUACAGCCCGAGGACCCCCGACCGAGUCUCGGAGACGGACGUGCAGCGGUUGCUUCACGGCGUCAUGGAGCAGCUGGGCAUCGCCAGGCCCCGCGUGGAGUACGCGGCCCACCAGGCCAUGAACCUCGUGGGUCCCCAGAGCAUCGAAGGUGGAGCGCAUGAAGGGCUGCAGCACUUGGGGCCCUUGGGCAACAUCCCCAACAUCGUGGCAGAGCUGACGGGAGACCACGUCCCCAAGGACUUCAGCGAGGACCAGGGCUACCCGGACCCGCCCAACCCCUGCCCUGUUGGGAAGACAGCCGAGGACGGCUGCCUGGAGAACGCCCCGGACACGGCCGAGUUCAGCCGCGAGUUCCAGCUGCACCAGCACCUGUUCGACCCGGAGCACGACUACCCCGGCCUGGGCAAGUGGAACAAGAAGCUCCUGCUGGAGAAGAUGAAGGGCGGACAGAGGCGGAGGCGGAGGAGCGUCAAUCCCUAUCUACAAGGGCAGAGGCUGGACAACGUGGUGGCCAAGAAGUCCGUCCCGCACUUCUCAGAAGAGGACAAAAACCCGGAGUAGAGCGGCGAGGCGGGCCGGCCGGCUCCCCGUACCCUCCUGCAUGUACCGCAGAGCCACGGGCACAGCAGCACCCUCCGUGCCGUGACCAAGGCUGGAACGCGGCUGUCCCGACCCUCCCUGCCGCCGGUGACUCUGCUCUCUGCUGACUUAGAAUAAGAGCUCUUUUUUGUCUUUCCUCAAAAAAAAUGUGGGUCUGCAGUAAGCAUUAAAAUUAAAAUGUGUAUGUCAGGCACAAUAAAAACCAACAGUAU